UUAUGUGUGGUUUUGUGUAAAUAGAUAUUUGACUCAGCCUGAGGAGACACACUCCAGUACAGUAGGUGGCGGUAUGCACUUAUAACGUUGGUUGCGACCCACCAUUAAAUGAAGAAGAAGAAAAAGACCGGAAGUUGUUUUCCAGCUAAUUAGCCUCACAAACCCAUGCAUGGUUUUAUCGACUGCCACUGUCACAUCUCCGCGAGAGAUUUUGACAAGGACAUAGAAAGCGUUAUUGAGCGCUCCAAACGGGCUGGACUGUUGGCAUUGCUCGCUGUGGCAGAACAUGCUGGGGAGUUUGAAAAAAUCAUUGCCCUGUCACAAAGAUUCCCGGGCUUUGUCUUCCCCUGCCUGGGAGUCCACCCUGUGCAAGAAGUGUCCCCACAGCAACACAGGAGUGCUUCUCUGCAGGAUCUAGACGCAGCUCUACCCAUCAUUGACAAAUACAAGGAGCAACUCGUGGCCAUUGGAGAGGUCGGCUUGGACUUCACGCCCAGAUAUGUGAAAAGUGACUCGGACAAAGAAGGCCAGAGGCAGGUUCUUGUUCGUCAGUCACGUUUGGCCAAGGAACUGGACCUCCCUCUGAACGUUCACUCGCGGUCGGCAGGAAGACCCACCAUCCAGCUCCUCAAAGAAGAAGGUGUGGAAAAGGUUUUGCUGCACGCUUUUGACGGGAAACCGUCGGUUGCCAUGGAAGCGGUACGAGCCGGGUACUUCUUCUCCAUCCCGCCGUCCAUAAUACGCAGUGAACAGAAGCAGAAACUGGUCAAGCAGUUGCCGUUGGAGAACAUGUGUCUGGAAACCGACUCGCCCGCUCUGGGCCCAGAGAAGCAGGUGAGGAACGAGCCGCAGAACGUCCGCGUUUCCGCCGAGUACAUCAGCCGCGUCAAGGGCGUGUCCCUGGAGCAGGUGAUGGAGGCCACCACGCAGAACGCACUUCGACUCUUCCCCAAGUUGAAGGCGGCCAUCAAGGACAGCAUGGACAAGCACCUUGUCAUCCGUGGAUACACCACCUUCCCUCCCCGGCUUCCUGACCCGUCGUGUGUCAGGAAGUUAAGCCAAAACAAGCAAUCAGCCGACAGACUGAAGGUGGAGGACGUGGACAAGACGAGGAGCAGCAAGAACGUGGAAGUGAAGCCUUACAAGCAAGUGCUCAGUGAAAGCGCCCGAGAGAGAAAAGUGCCCGUCACUCGCAUCGGACGUUUAGUGACUUUUGGAGGUCUGGCUGUAGGACUUGGUCUUGGUGCCAUCGCUGACAUGGCCAAGAAGGCGUUUAAACCUCAACAGCAGCAAGACAAUAAAAAGUCAGUCCUGAACUCCUACAGCUUCCUGUCUGAAGCCAACGCUGAGAGGAUCGUCCGCACUUUGUGUAAAGUCCGCGGCGCCGCGUUAAAACUGGGCCAGAUGCUGAGCAUUCAAGACGACGCCUUCAUUAACCCUCAACUGGCCAAAAUCUUUGAUCGUGUUCGGCAAAGUGCGGACUUCAUGCCCACCAAGCAGAUGAUGAAGGCCAUCACCAGUGACCUGGGUCCAGACUGGCGCCAGCACCUGGACUACUUUGAGGAGAAACCCUUUGCUGCGGCCUCCAUCGGCCAGGUGCACCUGGGCCGCUUGAAAGAUGGCCGCCAAGUCGCCAUCAAGAUUCAGUAUCCUGCAGUGUCCAAAAGUAUCGACAGUGACGUGAACAACAUCAUGACUGCUCUCAGUCUGAGCAACGCUCUGCCUCAAGGAUUGUUCCCACAACAUGUGAUGCGUGUGAUGAGCAGAGAGUUGGCACAGGAGUGUGAUUACAUCAGAGAGGCCGAGAGUGCCAUUAAGUUCCAAGAGCUGCUGAAGGAGCAGACCUUCUUCCUGGUUCCUGACGUCAUCAAAGAACUGAGCAGCCAACAUGUCCUGACCACCACUCUGGUGCCAGGCUUCCCUCUGGACCAAGGCACACAUCUGUCCCAGGAACUAAGGAACCAGAUCUGUGAGCAGAUCCUCACUUUAUGUCUGAGAGAACUUUUUGAGUUCCGCUUCAUGCAGACUGAUCCUAACUGGUCCAACUUCUUCUACCAUCCACACACACACACAGUGUCGCUGUUGGACUUUGGUGCGACGCGAGCGUUUGAGAGAAGUUUCACAGACAUGUACAUCCAGGUGAUCCAUGCGGCAGCCCGGCAGGACCGAGAAGGCGUCCUUCAGAGAUCAAGAGACAUGAAGUUCCUCACUGGCUUGGAGUCUAAGGCGAUGGAGGACGCCCACGUGGACGCCGUCAUGAUCCUGGGAGAGGCCUUCGCCUCGUCGGAGCCCUUCGACUUCGGCGCUCAGAGCACGACUGAGCGCAUCCACCGCCUCAUCCCCGUCAUGCUGAGGGAGCGCCUGGCACCCCCGCCCGAGGAGACGUACUCCUUACACCGCAAGAUGGGAGGCUCCUUCCUCAUCUGCUCCAAACUCAAGGCCAGAGUGGCGUGCAAGGACAUGUUCCAGCGAGCAUACGAGCGCUACUGGCAGGACGCAAGCAAGUCCCACUAAAGACACCUCAUUAUUAUUAUUAUUAUUAUUAUU